CACACCUGACGUAACGUGAAUACAGCACCAAGACCAAAGUAGCCGCUCGUCGAGGUUCGUUGCCGAUGACAGUCUCCUGCUAACCAAAGUCAUGGCGUUGCUCCAAAAAAGUGGCCGCGUCGCUGCUCGUUUCUCCACACACCAUCUGUGGCUCACUCCCAGAUGCAUCCCACAUGUUUAUGCGUGCAGCCUGUCAACUGUGGCCAGGUCCUCCCCAGACUUGGCCGACAGAAAGAAGAAACUUCUGAGCGACGACGGGCCCGAUCUGCAAGACUUUAUUUCGGGGGACCUGUCGGAGAAGAGCAAGUGGGAAGAGUACCGAGGCAACCUGAAGAGACAGAAGGGAGAGAGGCUACGUCUUCCUCCGUGGCUCAAGACGGAGAUCCCCAUUGGAAAGAACUACAACAGGCUGAAGAACACGCUGAGAGACCUCAACCUGCACACGGUGUGUGAGGAGGCCAGGUGUCCCAACAUCGGGGAAUGCUGGGGAGGAGGAGAGUAUGCCACAGCCACAGCCACCAUCAUGUUAAUGGGAGACACAUGUACCCGUGGAUGCAGGUUCUGCUCGGUAAAGACGGCCCGUCGGCCCCCGCCUCUGGAUCCAAACGAGCCCUACAAUACAGCCAAAGCCAUCGCUGCCUGGGGGCUGGACUACGUGGUUCUCACCUCGGUAGACAGAGAUGAUAUUGCUGAUGGAGGGGCAGCGCACUUUGCCAAGACUGUUUCUAACCUGAAGGAACGAGAUCCUCAGAUCCUGGUCGAAUGUCUGACCCCUGAUUUCCGUGGCGACCUGGAUGCAGUCGAGAAGAUCGCCCUGUCAGGGUUAGAUGUGUAUGCCCACAACGUGGAGACAGUGCGCGAGCUGCAAAGGCACGUGCGUGACCCCAGAGCGAACUUUGACCAGUCUCUGCGUGUCCUGAAGCACGCUAAAAAGGUCAGACCCACCGUGCUCACCAAGACCUCCAUCAUGCUGGGACUGGGGGAGACAGACCAGCAGAUGCUCGACACCUUGACCGAGCUGCGAGAGGCAGCGGUGGACUGUCUAACACUGGGGCAGUACAUGCAGCCCACUAAACGCCACCUAAAGGUGGAAGAAUACAUCACUCCAGAGAAGUUUGCCCACUGGGAGAAAGUCGGGAACGAGAUGGGCUUUGUUUACACAGCCAGUGGGCCACUGGUGCGAUCCUCCUACAAAGCAGGCGAAUUCUUCCUGAAGAAUCUACUGAAGAAGAGAAAAGUAGAAGUCACUAUAGCAGAAUGAAAAGCACCAAACCAGCAGCUUCUGCAGUCUGCCCUGCAUAUUGCUUAUACCUCGUCCAUACCUCUAACUACACACAGUUGCAUAAUCAGCUUUACUCCUGCAGCCCCACAGUGCAUUGUUGUAAGCCGUAGCACAGGAAACACGUUUAUCAUAAUUAGUAACAAGUUGUGCAAUUUAAAUAGAAAUAAGAAAAAGCAGGUGGCAUUCAAUAUGGGGACAGAAGUGAUGUGGCAAGGCUUGUGUGCGUACAGGGACCAUUCGGUUACUUCUGUUUCUUUCCAGCGCACUUGUCCUUUACUGUGACAAACCAGAGGUCCACAGCACAUUUUAGGAAGAGGAGAACAAAAAACAGUAAGAAGCCUGCAGAUAUGUAGAUAACCAAGGUGUAGACUUUGUCCACGUAACCCUGCCAGGAGAAAAUACAACCUGGUGUGAGCAGCAGCUGUAAUUUGCCAUCUCUGCACCUCAGGGGCCCUUAAACCACAUCCACCAUCAAAUCCCUCCCCUCUGAGGCCCUGGACUUCAGGUGAAGAGCUACUGACCUUUAACAGCAAGCUCUGUUUAUGAGAGCUUUGAUGUCUGCAGUUUCAGGACUGAGGAUUUAAUGAAGCAAGAGGUUUUUUUUUCGUUUUUGGUUUGAGGAUUCUUACAUCAACUCAGAGGUAAAAUGAAAAAUGGUACUAAAACAAAACUCUGCCUGCCAAGGACUCCCUUUAAACUAUCUAUUUUAUUACAUUUGAAAUAGAAACAAGUUGAACCCAAAUUGGCCUUUCGUCAGGUACAUCAAAAGACGUACUUUUGAUUCCUCUAUCUAAAGAAGGGGAAAUUUGGGCUCAAAAUGUGCUUUUUCUAAUGAAAUAAAAUGUAAAUUUUACACCUGGACAAGAAAGAUGUACGUUUAUUUUGCACACUGACUGUUUAGACAAAACAAAUCUUUAAAAUGUACAUU